UCCACCAUUGAGUCAGUCUCCAGAUUUGCAAAAUUGAUUUAGAACUCCUGAAACCUCAAGCAAGAGAAGAUCAGUAACUAGCCCAGCUGCUCCAAUGUUUCCUGGAGCUACUUCCCCUACAGUACACCAAACGGUUCUUACAGGAGUUUCUUCCCCUACAGUACAGCAACAGGUGCUUACAGGAGUAACCUCCCUUAAUAUACAGCAGCAGAUUCUGAAUGUGAUUAAUUCAGGGACAGGACCAAAAGAUCAGCCAUUUUACAUUAUUGUAAAUCAAAGGACAUCGAGUGAACAAACAUUUCUUAUAGAACCAAACAAACAUGGAGGCAAUCAGCAGAUGCCCGCCCAGAUGCCAUCAAUGGUUCCUCCAAUUGUACCCUUAACACAAGCUGCAGGUCAACAAGUGGUGUUGAACAUGCCUGGAACCAGUCAGCAUCAAACUGUUUUACUGACAAUGCCCCAACUUCCAGUGCAGGGAACCAACUUGCCACAGUCUGCCACUAUUCCGGGAACCAGUCUAAAAUCUGAUUUCAGGGGAGGUAAUCAGCUGGACAAAACAAAUUCAACAGAUGGCAUAAAAUCAGAAAAUGUGUCUAAAGAAGAAAAGAAAGCAGAUAUAGUGUUCACUCUUGGGUCAAGCACACUUAGUGCAGAAGAACAACUGAAGAAAUUUGUUAGUUCAAGUCAAGCUCCAAGAAAUCAGGCCUACUAUGUUGUUGUUAAUAAAGGGGAAACAAAUGAGAGGGCAUUUUUUAUUGAACCAAACAAAAAAGGAAAAUCUAAGCCUAACACUGAAAAGAAAAUUGAAGCAGAGAAAACUGAUGACAGUCUAGUUAAAACACUAGAUCCAGUCAAAACAGAGCAGGACAAAAAACCAGUCAAGGUAGAACAGGAAGUGGUGGUGCCUGAUUCCUCUACAGGAGAUCCAGAACCUCAGAACAAGUUCCUAAAAUUUUGCCAGCUUCCAAAAACCCCAGCUAAAGUUCCAGUGGCAGCUGUUACACCUCAGAGACAAUCUGAACAGGUUUUCAAUUAA